AUGAAGCCGCUGAAGAACACCAGAGCAGAGGAGCAAGAUGGAGAGGAUCUUGAGAGAAGGAAGAGGAGGAGGAAGGCAACCAAACGGAAAAGAGAAGGGAAAAGUCAGGAAGAAGAGGGGUCUUUGUCCUGCGACAUCAAGCUGGAUGAUACUCUGGAUCGCACCUUAGAAGAUGGAGCUAAACAGCACAACCUGACGGUUGUCAACGUGCGAAACAUCCUGCAUGAAGUGAUCACAAAUGAGCACGUCGUUGCCAUGAUGAAAGCAGCCAUCAGUGAGACAGAAGAUAUUCCUUUGUUUGAGCCCAAAAUGACUCGUUCCAAACUGAAGGAAGUUGUGGAGAAGGGAGUGGUGAUUCCAACAUGGAAUAUUUCUCCCAUCAAGAAGGCAAAUGAGGUGAAGCCUCCUCAGUUUGUGGACAUUCCACUUGAGGAAGAUGAUUCGUCUGAUGAAGAGUACCAGCCUGAGGAUGAGGACGAGGAUGAGACCGCAGAAGAGAGCUUGCUGGAAAGCGAUGUGGAGAGCACCGCUUCUUCUCCUCGGGGAGCCAAACGAUCUCGGACGAGGCGAUCGUCUGAUGAAGAGGGAGGGGUGCUCUGUGAGAUGGAGAAGGUUACCGCACCUGUUGUUAGACACAUUAGCGCUGAAGUAGUUCCCAUGGGACCUCCGCCGCCUCCGAAACCGAAGCAAAACAAAGACAGCACGUUCAUGGAGAAGCUGCACGCGGUGGAUGAAGAAUUGGCUUCGAGCCCAGUGUGCAUGGACUCCUACCAG